UCAAAGCGCGCGGUGAGGAGAAACCACACUGAAUGAACAAACCACGCACACAGAGAGAGAGACAGAAAGGUGUGAUCAGGUGCGCCUCUGAGUAUGCGUACAGGUUCGCCCGCCGAUGCUCACACCUGGUGCAGGCGGCCCGGGGUCCGGGGUGGUUGUGACGUUGUGGGGUGGGGGAGGGCUGUAGGUUGAAACUCUCGUGCAUAGCGCCACCUGCAUGAGGGACAUCGAAACCACGCACACACACACACACGAAGAGAGAGAGAGAGAGAGAGAGAUGUGCCCCCUAUUGCUUGCGUCCGUUUGCGUGUGUGUUCAUUUCGGUGGCCUCUUUCGUCCUGUCUGCUGGUGUGUGAACCCACCGUCCUGGUGUUGGUAGGGAUGUUGGCUGUAGUGCUGGUGUUGCUGUGCUUGGUGGUAGUUGUGCGGUGCUCCGUAGUGCUGGUUCUGCUUCUACGCCAUGGUGAGAAGGACGGAGAUCAGCAGCUGAUCAACCAACAGCACUAUGGAGAGCUGAUGUACUGUUGGCGUGUGGCGCCGUGUGCUUGUCUUGCUGUCCUUGCUGAUGUUGCUGGUGCAGCCCGGUGGGGAUGAGGUUCUUCCAACACUGCCCUCAGAGCCUUCAACGCUGCCGAUCUCGCUGGUUGGAUUGCCACAGAUCGCGGGCGGCAGAUCUCACUGGCUGGCUGGUGCGCCGACCCCCUUCCUCGCCCGCGAGAUAAACCCUACGGUGGUCAU